AUGGUGAAGGAGGCGCCCGCCACUCCGGGCGCCAAGGGCAAGGGCAAGGGCGCCGCGUCGACCUCCGCCUCCGCGCCGACUCCGCCGUCCAAGGUCACCCCCGGAUCGGUCAGGCGCAAGAGGGCGUGUAAGAAGAAGAAGGCCGAUCCGGAGAAGCUGAAGGCGGCCGCCGCCGCUGCAGUCGCGGCCUCCGCCGACGCGCCUGCUUCGGGGCCCACGCCGGUGGUUCCCGCCCCGGCCGACGUCGGCACUUCGGCCGCCCUUGUGGUCGCCGAGAACGGCGGCGCUGACGGGAAGAUGGUCGCCAAGACCAACGGCGAUGGCGAUAAGUCCGUCGCCAAGGACAACGGUGGUGGCAGUAAGUCCGUCGCCGAGAACAAGGGUGAUGGCAGUAAGUCCGUCCCUGAGAACAAGGGUGAUGGCAUUAAGAUGGGCACUGGGAACAGCAGUGCUGACAGGAAGAUGGGCACUGGGAACAGCAGUGCUGACAGGAAGAGGGGUAGGAAGGAUAAGAUGAGGGGGAGGGAGAAGGGGGAAGGACAGGGGAGGGUGAACCCGAAGGUUGAGGAGAAGGAGAAGAAGGACGGCGCAGCGGGGGAGGAGAGGGGCAGUGCUGGGUUUAUCUUCAUGUGCAACGGAAAGACGAAGCCGGAGUGCUUCCAGAACAGCGUGUUUGGCUUGCCCAAGGGGAAGAUAGAUGUGGUGGAGAAGAUCCGACCAGGGGCGAAGCUGUUCCUGUAUGACUUUGACCUGAAGCUUCUCUAUGGGGUGUACAAGGCAACAGCAAGAGGAGGGAUGGAUCUUGUGCGGCGUGCGUUCAACGGGAAAUUCCCUGCUCAGCCUGUCCUGAAGAUAUUAUGGGAAAUUCCCUGCUCAGCAUUGAUCAUGUGGGAGUUGUCGUUUGUUGCGUCGGUCAAAUUCAGGAUUGAUAAAGAUUGUCUUCCGCUUCCUGAGAGUAGUUUCAAGCAUGCCAUUAAGGAGAACUACAAUUCAAAGGGAAAAUUCACCCAAGAGCUCAAUUCGAGACAAGUCCGUAAGCUACUGGCACUAUACAAGCCAAUUAACAUACAACAGCCAUCUUCCCAACAUGUUCAAGAAGUUCCUCGGACAAACCGUGUUGAAAGGCGCAUGCCUCACUAUGUUGAAGAAAGGCGACAGCCAUAUGAUUAUGAAGAAAGGAGGCUGCCACGAUAUCGUGAAGAAAUGCAACACCCACAAUUUGCUGAAGAAAGGAGAUUAGCCUAUGAUUAUGAAGAAAGAAGGCCAUCACUCCAUGUUGAAGAAAUUCGACGCCCACAGUUUGUUGAAGAAGCUCAGCCACCUACAUACUAUGUUGCUCCUGCUCCUCAUGGUUCAUACCAUCCACAUCAAGCUAAUAUCAUUUAUGAAAGGGCUCCAGCUGACGCCGCCAACAGGGUGGAUCCAUUCCUUCCAAGAGACUACAGGGUGCCGCCACAGGAGGUCGCCGCACCCCCAAGCUACGCUGAUGAGAUCUACCGUGGUGCUUACCCAGCUGCUUACCCGGCAAACCUCCAGGGGCCUGCUGCUUCAAGGGUAAACCCGCCGGCUAAAGCCAGCCUUGGGUCAAACGAGCAACGCCGCGAAAAGGAAUGGACUCGGGCUAGGAGGCUACCGCUCUACUGCGCAGGAAGGAAAAUCUAUCUACUGUCGUGGUCUUCACGAUAUUUGACACGAAGAUCCACAGAAACUUCCCGUGACGGGGUACGCCACAACAUCGCCACCGUUGGCGCCGUGGAUCCACACGGUGGCGUACACGUACACGUUAUCGGCGAUGAGAGUGGUAUUGCACCGAAGCAGCCUUCUGCUGUGGUGAUAGUGCUGCAAUUUAUCAUCGCCAUGUUUGUCAUGGACACAUGGCAGUACUUCAUGCACAGAUACAUGCACAUCAACAAGUUUCUGUAUAAGCACAUCCAUUCCAAGCACCACACUCUUGUAGUCCCUUAUUCCUUUGGGGCUCUUUACAACCACCCUCUCGAGGGCCUUAUUCUGGACACUAUCGGCGGUGCUCUCUCCUUCCUCCUCUCUGGUAUGACACCACGAACAUCCAUAUUCUUUUUCUCUUUUGCGACCAUCAAGACGGUGGAUGACCACUGCGGGCUGUGGCUUCCCGGUAACAUCCUCCAUGCGUUGUUCAACAACAACACUGCUUACCAUGAUAUCCACCACCAGCUCUAUGGCAAUAAAUACAACUUUUCGCAACCUUUCUUCGUCCUUUGGGAUAAGAUUUUGGGGACAUACAUGCCCUACUCUCUCGAGAACCGGAAAGGGGGUGGGUUCGAGUCCCGGCCAGUUAAGUCAGUAGAGCAGACCAAGGCUGAUUAA